AUGGCGUCCUCGCCGGAUCCGCAGGCUUUGUUGGGGUGGCAGGGUCGGGGGCUCUGGCCGGGAGAGAUCCUUGGCCGGCGGGGCGGCCACGGCGUCAGCGACGUCUCGGACGCCGUCAUCCUUCUUGCAGGCGAUGCUGAGAGCGGCCUCGGCCUCGCCCUCGCCGCCGCCGCCGCCGUCGUCCCGACGAGAGAGAUGUCUCGCAAGCGGAAGAACGUAGCAGCGGAAGAUGCAGGCGACCAGCCGGUGUACCUUGUGGUGGAGCACAAGGUCAAGGAGCCCUCCCACUCCAUCGUCAUCACCGGCACAACGACGCCGCAGGUGAUGAUCCCCCUGCGCCACGCCAAGCGCGGCAUGUCCUUCGCGGUGGUGGACUCCCGGUGGAUCGUCGGCGUCGGCGGACACUACCGCUGCCACUUCACCAUCUACGACCUAACGACCUCCACGGAGUCAGGGGGCCCUUGGCUCUACACGAACAAGGUGAACCCCGUCCUGAUUCCGCACCGCGACAUGCUCGAUCUACAUCCUCUCCAGCCGCCCCAAGAUCGACGACGGUGCCGAUUUCCUGCCCUGGUUCGAGGUGAUCGUCUUCAGGGACGGCCGAGCUGUUUCCCCUCCCGCAAGCUCCCGCCGCCCCCCAUCUUCCCCUACUGCAUCAACCCGCUCGAGUACCUCCACCCGCCGGACGUGCGCUACACCGCCCACGCCGUCGUCGGCUCCCACAUCCUGCUCUCCGUCUCCUACACCGCCGCCUCCUACUCCUUGCGGUUGCGGAAGCAACUACAGAUGCUGCAGAUCCCUCCGGAGCCGGAGGAGAAAGGGACAUGCGCCUUCGACGUGGACACGAGGGAGUGGGAGAUGGUCGACAGCAAGAACCUGCCUUUCGUCGGCGAGGCACGUCCCCUUGGAGUUGGCGGCCACCUCUUCGCCGCCGCCCGCUCCAGCGAUGGGGCCACCGCCGUGUACCACAUCGAGAUCCUGACCUGCGACUCGACGAAGAAGACCCAUCUGAGCAUCCUCGAGCUGCCCAUGGAGGGCCGUCGCAUCAUUCAAGGACAACUAUUCUCCUUUUCCGGUGCAGGAAGGUUAUGCACGUUCGACGUUCGGUUCAAGGAUCCCGUGAACGGUGGCGCGCUGAGAAAGGCGUUCGUUGUUCACAGUACCUACGAUGUGAAGGUGGUGGACGCCAACGGCGAGACAAUCGACGCACUGGCUAGUCUAGUGGUUAAGCGAAGGCGGAGGAGUUACAAGCUCGUCGGCCGGUCUCAUCUGCUGGCGUACCCAGCCCCGGUGGUUUCUGCAUUGACCUUGUAG